AAGACAAAUUUUAUGGAUUUUUUUUAUUGUUAAGCAAAGAAAUGUGCUACUGUCUCUAAAUAAAUUUUAAUCAAUAACAAAUGUGCUGUUAGGCCUACUGCACAUUUGGUUGUUUACUUCUUUAAAGAUCCUAAAUUUACUAGUCAUCCAACCCAAGUCUGCUAUAGUUGCAUAGCAACAGGUUGGGGAACAGAGAAAGCUCAUGGUCUUUCAGCAGACAGAAGAGCCAAAUAGAAACAUACACAUUCUUGUGGAAACAAGGGUAAAAUUUUCUUCCAUCGUCCAACCCAAGCCCUUAAAGGAGUAAAUACUGCCAUCUAUAGGUUUUUGAAAAUAACUAUUAGCACAAAGUACUACCAUAGAAGAUUGUUUUGUCCUUCACACACAUAAGCAGAUCACAAAAAGAGACCCCAAACAUGCAAAAUCACAAGUGAUUUGACAUGCAUGCAAGUUGAUCAUGCAUUUCUCACUACUCCCACAUGUAAAGAAAGAAAGACAGAAAAGAAAAUAUGAAGUUUGCUCGUGGCUAAUAGGUGAAACUAUUAAUGUCCUGGGCCUCAAAUAACAUUCUGGAAAUGUAAUCUGAGUGAGUGUGAAAACACAAAUGCUGCAACACUUCUUACUCCCCUUUCUUUUGUGCAGCUCUGGUCACAGGACAAUAAAACUCCUGGAGCCCUGUGCUAGCGUUGCUUGGUAACUAAAGUUAAACAGGACAAAGCUUCUUUUUGGUCUACAGUUUGAAGAUCCUCCCCUGACUCUCAAGCAAUUCUGUUGUGGACCGUAUAUAAAAACCCUCCAUGGCUAAAGGGAAGAGAGCGGCAGGAGCCAAAGGUACAAAGAUCACAUUGAAAAUGGCUAAAAAUGCCCUCAGAGCAACACCAGAAGGAAAACUACGACUUGAUCUGAGCAAUGUAGGCAUCGCCACAUUUCCCAAAUGCCUCCUAAAGUUACGAAAUGUUGAAGAACUUGACCUAAGCCGCAAUAAACUGAAAACAAUCCCAGAAUUCAUUGGCCAGUUCACUGGCUUGCGUUGGUUAGAUCUUCACAGCAACCAAAUCGAGCGGCUUCCUGAAAAUAUCGGACUUUUGAGAUCAUUGGUUCACCUCAACCUCUGCAACAACAAUCUGGAUUCUGCUGGUUUAUCGCCCGAAAUAGGAAGUUUAAGAAACCUGCAAGUUCUGAACUUGGGUAUGAAUCGUCUAAACGCUCUUCCUCCCACUUUGGCUGGGUUGACAAACCUGACAGAACUCGGACUUUUUGAUAAUUUGUUCACACAGGUGCCUGAAUGCACCCGCGUGCUGCCCAACCUGACAAAGCUAAACACCAAACGCAACCCUGUGGUCUACAGGCAGCGGGACGGACAAGAUUCAGAUUCUAUGAAGACGACUGGAAAUCUGUAUUUGGCGAGAGAGGGAGAUUUGUGCCACCCUUGUCUAGAAAGGUGCAGAAAGAAAAAGCUAGAUAGCUUGCAAAAGAAGAGUAAUUUUUCAGGGCUGAUCUCGCCAAACUCUGUAGCACGAGGCAGUCAAGAAAUCUGGCGGCAGUGGAUUACUACCUCACCUCCUGGUUUUCACAAAGAGCAGGCCAGACCUGCUGGAGAUACCAAUAAAACAACCUUUACACAUAAUGACAACACUCUUUAAAAA